AUGUCGGCCGAAAAGCACAAGUGUGUUGAAUCAGACAGUUUGUUGGAUUGUGUUCACGGCAAAGAUACCGAGGCAUUCUUGGAGGAACUAGUACAAGAUGAAUUUUUAGACUGGCACUUGGGCGACGCUAAAAAGGAUACAACGCCAAAAAUAAAGCGCGAGAGCGAUGAUCACCCUAGUGAAACAUUGACAGGUAUCAAGAAUCUGGGUCAAAAACCUCUAGAGGAUGUGAAGAAAACAGGACACUUGGGCGCUAAAAAGGAAACAACGACAAAAAUAAAACGCCAGGGCGAUAAUCGCAAAACAUCGAUUAAAACCUUGGAUCAAAAACCUGAACAGGAUACCACGAAAACAGCGAAGCGAGAGAAAUCUGUCCCGAUAAAGCCCUCUCCAACUCCACAGCCGCAACGAAAAUGGACGCGUUUCCCUUCACGAUUAAGCUCACCUGACGACACAGCUCCAGAGCAACAAACAGCAAACGCUGCUUGUAUGGAAACAGAUGAGGUGGAUUCUGGCUCUCGUGAUAUCAAUAAGAAUAGUAGUACUGAUCCCGGACUAAAUUUUAUGGAUACAUUGCAAGAAAAUGAUUGGGAAGAUGAAAGCCAUGCCAAGUUAGGAAUCACGCACAAGACUAUGGAAAGAUAUCUUGAGGGUUUAUGGCACGAUGUGAAAAAAGGGCACCCAGAUAUACGCACAACGAGAAGAAGUUCAACAACCUCCUUGGACUCAAUAGCGAGUUCAAGUUCUUCAAAUUCUCAAGAUCAAGGUCACGACAGAAAGUAUCUAUUCGCUCGCACAGAAGAAGAAUUGAUCGAUUGUAAAAUGAGAGAUGUUCACAAAAAGUUUAGUGAAAAUAUUUGUGAUAACUGGGCAGACGACGUGGAACUAGCAUUGAUGAUAAUGAAGAGGCAAGCGAAGGGAAGAAAUAUGAAAAACGGGGAAAUGAAAAAAUUGUUAAACAACAUUUUGGAACAAAAGUAA